CAAGAUAUUGAUUAUUAUCGAACGAGAAAACAAAGAGGAUAACAAGUUAACAGAGCGGAAGAUGGGUGGGAGGUUGCUGCUCUUUCCAUUACCGUUUCAAGGCCACAUAAACCCCAUGCUUCAGCUUGCAAGCAUCCUCUACUCCAAGGGCUUCAAUAUCACAAUCAUCCACACUUUCUGCAACUCUCCCAACAAAUCCAACUACCCUCACUUCGCUUUCGAGGCCAUCUCAGAAGAAACCCUCACUGCCUCCCCGACCAUGCAGGGAAGUGUCACCAACGUCGUGCUUCUCAACAAGGUUUGCUUCGAUCCGUUUCGCGACUGCGUGAAGAGGCUCUUGUCGAAUGCUUCUGCAGACGAGCCUAUUCUCUGCUUGAUAACGGAUGCUUUGUUGUACUUUACUCAAGCUGUCGCGGACUUGCUUAUGCUGCCGAGGCUUGUUUUGAGAACGAGUAGUCUUUCUGCGUUUCAUGUUCUUCGUCUCCAUCCGGUCUUGCUUCAGAAAGGCUAUCUCUCAGAAGGUUUAGAUUCUCAUUCAGAUGCACCAGUACCAGAGGCGCAACCUCUUAAAGUAAAAGAUAUUUCACGGACCUAUAAGAUUGAGGGAGAAGAUCUGGCUGAAAUAAUCUCAGGAAUGGUGAUGGGAAUUAAAGCAUCUUCGGGGAUCAUUUGGAACACCUUUGUAGAACUUGAACAACCUGUAUUGAAUACUAUUCAACAAAAUUUCCCGAUCCCCAGUUUCACAAUUGGUCCAUUUCAUAAAUACUUUACAGCAUCCGCAAGUAGCUUACUAGAACAAGACCGGACUGCAAUUUCUUGGUUAGACAUGCAAGCACCACUCUCCGUCUUGUAUGUUAGUUUUGGGAGCGUUGCAGCUAUAGAUAAGAGUGAAUUCUUUGAGAUGGCUUGGGGCUUAGCCAAUAGUAAGCAGAAAUUCUUGUGGGUGGUUAGACCUGGAGUCAUCCGUGGCUCGGAGUGGCUGGAGCCCUUUCCACCUGGGCUCCAAGAGGCAGUGAGCGAAAGGGGUCAUAUCAUUAAAUGGGCUCCUCAACAAGAAGUGCUGGCUCAUCCUGCAACAGCAUGCUUUUGGAGUCACUGUGGAUGGAAUUCGACGUUGGAGAGCGUUUGUGAAGGAGUCCCAAUGAUUUGUUCCCCUAGUUUUGGAGACCAGCCGACCAAUGCAAGGUGUGUAGAGACUGUUUGGAAAGUGGGACUGGUUUUGGAGAAUGGUUUCGAGAGAGAGGAGAUAGAAAGGGCAAUCAGGAGAGUAAUGAUUGAUCAAGAAGGGAAAGAGAUGAAGAUGAGAAUGUCUUGUCUAAAGGAGAAGGUAAACCUUUGUUUAAUGGAAGGGGGGUCUUCAUACAAAUCAUUAGAAGACUUAGUUAGUUUCAUCUUGUCAUUUUAAUAUUUUUUGAGCAUUCUGUCUUUCCUCCAGUGGAGAAGUUUAAUGUUCUAGCCUGAAAACAAGCUUGCUUUGUAUUCUAACAAAUAAAGAAAAUAAACAAAAUAGCUCUCCUGUGGAUUAAACCACUUAUUGAAGAUAUGCA